GCUUCCUUGUGAUUUUGAUUGACAAGGGGAAACAUCUAGACUUAGCCAAUUGCGAGAAAUACUACUCUGAAACCUCGAGCCCAAGAACAAGAUUUAUUUGGUACUACUAUGGCUGGGGUUAUGCAGAAGUUCCUUAUUGCGUCCAUGUUCAUGUGGAUUCUACCUAUUGCGAUACUAUAUGGAUUCAACAAUGAUUUGCUUCCUGGUUCAACAACAUUGACUCCACAUUCUCUUACACUACUUAGUGGAUUUCUUGCGGUGGUAUCAGUCAAUGUAGUGAUUGUUUUUUACAUCUGUCUGGCCUUGAAAGAACCUACGGAUAAACACAAGCCAGACGCUUCCUUUGUGGCAGAGGCCAAAGAUAGUGUAAAGAAAUUGACAGCAGGAGUCACAAGUACAGACCCUGCGCUUAAGAAAGAAGAGUGACCAAACCACAUCCCCUUAUUUUGGAACGAGGAACAGCGUCGAGAUUGCAUCAGAUGGAGCAGAGCUCAGGUUCUUACAAUGUAUUUAUUUUGUAACUGCAGAAAUUUUCUUGGCUGCUAUAUCAUUCUGUAUUGUUACAUCUGACGGUUUUCGGUGGUUGAGCAGAAACAUACGCCAUUUUGAUGUUGAACAGAGUCAAGAGUUGAUGUUUUAGGACAAAAGUUCACAAAAUCAUAACAGUUGUGACUUUAAUCGUCUAAUUUUAAGCAAGUUGAUCUGUA